UAUUUUUUUUAUAUUGUUUAGUUUGGUGGACUGCGGCAGUUCAUCAAUGACGUUGUUUUAGGACAUCUGUCGUGUAGUGGCCAAGUCCAUCGAAUUCAAGAUGAAAAGUUUCUGCGUUAUUUUGUUUUUAGCAACUUGUCUGUUCACGGUGAAUGGAAGACAUCCAAACUGUAACUUCAUGUGGGAGCUGGAGAGGGAACAAGAAGAGUGUCUGGCUAGACUGAAGGAGCAUGAGUCAAACACUUCCAGAGAACCAGGCUGCAAAGGAGUCUGGGAUAACAUAUCUUGUUGGGAUCGUGCUGGGAUUGGAGAGACUGUCACCAUCCCUUGCCCAAGAGUGCUCCAGGCCUUAUUCGGCACAGAUGGAAAUAUAAGCAAAAAUUGCACUGCGAAUGGAUGGUCCCCAGUUUUCCCCAACAUUACCAGUGUGUGUGAAUCAGGCAUUAACGAUAAGCAGGUCUUCUACUUGGUAGUGAAGACUCUAUACACUCUUGGCCACAGCUUGUCUUUGAUUGCUCUGACAACUGGCAGUGCCAUCCUUUGUCUGUUCAGAAAACUCCACUGCACACGGAACUACAUCCACCUGAACCUGUUCUUCUCCUUCAUCCUGAGAGCAGUGGCUGUCUUGGUGAAGGAUGACAUCAUUUUCAAUCGUAGUGCUCAGUGCUCCAACCAACCUUCACUGAUAGGAUGCAAGGCCAGCUUGGUGUUCUUCCAGUACUUUAUAAUGGCCAAUUUCUUCUGGUUGCUUGUUGAGGGACUUUAUCUCCAUACUCUACUGAUGGUGAUCUUCUCUGAAAAUAGACACUUCAUUGUUUAUCUUCUGAUUGGCUGGGGAAUCCCAACUGUGUUUGUGUUUGCAUGGGCAAUGACAAGGAUUUAUUAUGAAGAUACUGGAUGUUGGGAAAUAGAAGAUCACCCAGUACCAAACUGGGUAAUCAACGGUCCUAUCUGUUUCUCCAUCCUUGUGAACUUCAUUCUUUUUAUUAGCAUUAUAAGGAUUUUGGUUCAGAAGUUAAGAUGUCCAGAUGUGGGUGGAAAUGACCAGUCACAAUACAAGAGGUUGGCCAAAUCCACUCUCUUGUUGAUUCCUCUCUUUGGCAUUCAUUACGUGGUUUUUGGUGCUUUGGGGGAAUUCAUUGCAAUGGAUUACAAAGUAUUUUUUGACCUUGGUAUUGGAUCCUGUCAGGGUUUGGUGGUGGCCAUCUUAUACUGUUUCUUAAACAGUGAAGUCCAAGGGGAGCUGAAGAGGAAAUGGCGGAGUAUAUGUCUUAACUGCCACAUGAGCAGAAACAACAACCCUAGCAGCACCUAUGCCUCGCGAAAUGGAUCCGAGAACAUGGUGCAGUUCCAGCGUAAUUCCCGUAGCCAGUCCAUCCUGCAGUCUGAGACCACGGUAUUGUGAGGGGAACGAGGCGCAGCUUUGAAACAAGCUACUCAUCCCCAAAACAGAUGCUUGUGUUUGUCAUCUUACCAAACACCACACAUCUUUGUAAAAAGAAAACAGGGUUGUUAUUGAUUAAAUGUACCUGCUUGUAGCAACUAUAGUGGUUUUAACUCAUCGGUUUAUUGUCCAAAGUGUACAUUGUAUUUCAACUGGUGUCAGAGAGAAGUGCUGUGCAAAUUCUGAAAUGGAUGUCCCACUGUUAUCAGUGACCUCCUGUCACUGAAGUCAUUCUCCAGGGCCUCUUCCUCUAAAAAGUAUUGGCUUCAGAGAUUUAUGUAUUUAUUUACUAUUUGUUUGAUUAGUGUAAAGGAAAUCAUGGUAUAUGUUAUUUGAGGAUUUCAUUGAAUAUUGUUAAAAAGUAAAUUUGUACAUUUGUGUGUGAUUUUGUCAAGAGUAUUUUAUCUGGUAAGACACUUGUUGCUACAUGUUGAUUUAUGGUUAAAUAUCUUGAAAAUGAUUGUUAACAAAAACAGUAUUCUUUUAUAUUUUCACCAAUUUACACCACUAUGUUGUCUGAUAAAAAUGUAUCCUGUAAGGCAAGUAAAAUACGGAACGUACAUUUAAA